CUCACCUGGCUCCGGCAUCAGAGUGAAUUGUCUCCGAACCCAUCAUUUGGGUUCCUACAUUCUCAAUGGAAGGAGGGUUCGGACACAAGAGGUGGACCACGCAUCCUGGGCCGCCCACCUCGUCUUUCUCGGAUGUGAACCGGUGAGCACUUGGAUCCCCUUUGACGCCAUAGUUUGGGUCCUCAACUCCUCCGUGGAAGAAGAGUUUGGGUCCAACCAAAGUGGGGAGGAGAUAACUAGAUUCUUGGCGCCUCAUCUGAUGGUCAUCUCUCUCUGAUGUGAACUGGUGAGUCCUUGGAUCCCCUUUAACACCAUAGUUUGGGUCUUCAACUCCUCCGUGGAAGAAGAGUUUGGGUCCAACCAAAGUGGGGAGGAGAUAACUAGAUCCUUGGCGCCUCAUCUGAUGGUCAUCUCUCUCUGAUGUGAACUGGUGAGUCCUUGGAUCCCCUUUAACACCAUAGUUUGGGUCUUCAACUCCUCCGUGGAAGAAGAGUUUGGGUCCAACCAAAGUGGGGAGGAGAUAACUAGAUCCUUGGCGCCUCAUCUGAUGGUCAUCUCUCUCUGAUGUGAACUGGUGAGUCCUUGGAUCCCCUUUAACACCAUAGUUUGGGUCUUCAACUCCUCCGUGGAAGAAGAGUUUGGGUCCAACCAAAGUGGGGAGGAGAUAACUAGAUCCUUGGCGCCUCAUCUGAUGGUCAUCUCUCUCUGAUGUGAACUGGUGAGCCCUUGGAUCCCCUUUGACGCCAUAGUUUGGGUCUUCAACUCCUCCAUGGAAGAAGAGUUUGGGUCCAACCAAAGUGGGGAGGAGAUAACUAGAUCCUUGGCGCCUCAUCUGAUGGUCAUCUCUCUCUGAUGUGAACUGGUGAGUCCUUGGAUCCCCUUUGACGCCAUAGUUUGGGUCUUCAACUCCUCGAUGGAAGGAGAGUUUGGGUCCAACCAAAGUGGGGAGGAGAUAACUAGAUCCUUGGUGCCUCAUCUGAUGGUCAUCUCUCUCUGAUGUGAACCGGUGAGCCCUUGGAUCCCCUUUGAUGCCAUAGUUUGGGUCCUCAACUCCUCCAUGGAAGAAGAGUUUGGGUCCAACCAAAGUGGGGAGGAGAUAACCGAAGAUCCUUGGCACCUCAUCUGACGGUCAUCUCUCUCUGAUGUUGGGGUGAACCGGUGAGCACUUGGAUCCCCUUUAAGGCCAUAGUUUGGGUCCUCAACUCCUCGAUGGAAGGAGAGUUUGGGUCCAACCAAAGUGGGGAGGAGAUAACCGAAGAUCCUUGGUGGCCCACCUUAGUGUCACCUUUCUCCGACGUCGGGGUAAAUAGCUGAAUGCUUAAACUUGAUUCGACUCUAUUAUUUGGCUUUCCAACUUCUCGACGGGAGGAUACUUGCUUCUCCCAUCCACGCACACAAGCAUCCUUGGUGGCCUGCCUUGUCCAGUAAUGGUCCUGCCUUAGUUCACCUCUUCUGAUGUUCACCUGGCUCUGGUGUCGUUCGGUGGACUCCUUAAUUUAGGUUUCCAACUCCUUGAUAGGAGAACGUGGGAAUCACCAAAAUGGAGAGAGAACAAUGGACCAUCCUUGGUCACCUGCCCGAUCCCUUGAUGGCCACCUAGACUUCCUUGGUUGCUCGCUGUAUAUCUGACUUGAUCCUAGUGCCAGUUUUGGGGUGAAUAGGUGACUGCUUAGACUGGACACAACUCCAUCAGCUUCUCAAUGGAAGGGGACUUUGGGCAGAAGAUAACUGAGAGCCCUUGGUUGCCCACCUCAUCUGAUGGCCAUCUAACUUGGAUGUCUGGGAGAAUCAGCGAGAGCUUGGAUCUCCUUAAUUUGGGUUCCUAACUCCUCAACGGAAGGAGAAUCUGGGUGCAACCAAAGUAGGCAGAGGUUAGCCAAGCAUUCUGGGUUGCCCAUCUUAUUUAGUCUUGGUUGUCCAGCUUGUCCCACCUCACCCGAUAGCCAUCUAGCUCUGGUGUUGUGGUGACUUGAUGGGCAUUUGAACCCAAUACUUUGGGUUCCCAAUGUCUCGACGGAAGGAGGAUCUGGACCAUGACAAAAGUGGGCAGAGAAGAACCCAUCAUCCUUGGUUGCUGGCCACAUCCGGUCUUGGUUGCCCAACUUAUCUCACCUCAUCCGACAAUAGGCAUUUAGGUCUGGUGUAGGGGUGAAUCGGUGAGCAUUUGGACCUGAUCUGACUCAAUAACUGGGGUUGGCAACCUUGGUUUCCCACCUUAUCCAUCCUUGGUGGCCCACCUUAUCCAUCCUUGGUUGCCCACCUUCUCCAUCCUUGGUUGCCCACCUUCUCCAUCCUUGGUUGCCCACCUAAUCCAUCCUUGGUUUCCCACCUUAGCCAUCCUUGGUUGCCCACCUUAGCCAUCCUUGGUUUCCCACCUUAUCCAUCCUUGGUUGCCCACCUUAUCCAUCCUUGGUUGCCCACCUUACCUAUCCUUGGUUUCCCACCUUACCUAUCCUUGGUUUCCCACCUUAUCUAUCCUUGGUUGCCCACCUUAUCUAUCCUUGGUUUCCCACCUUAUCCAUCCUUGGUUGCCCACCUUAGCCAUCCUUGGUUGCCCACCUUAUCCAUCCUUGGUUGCCCACCUUAUCCAUCCUUGGUUGCCCACCUUAUUCUACCUUCUCCAAUGGUCACCUCGCUCCAGCGUCUAGAUGACCAGAUGACCGCUCAGACCAGAUUCAACGCCAUAAUUUGGGCUGAAUCGGCAAGCCUUGGAUGUGACUAGGCUUCCUCAUUAUUUGGGUUCUCAACUCCUUGAUGGAAGGAGAAUGUAGGCACAGGAUACCUGACUGUCCUUGGUUGCCUCCUUCUCCUAUGGGCACCUAGCUCCAACAUCAAGGCAAACAAGCAACUGCUUAGGCCAGACUGAGCUCCUUGCACCUCCUCGAUGGAAGGGGACCUUGUCCGUGUCAACGCUAGCCUGGUGGGUGAGCGGGCGGCCCUCUUCCCGGGUGGCAACGCCUGGGUGGCAGCCUUCCUCAGCUUCGUGAUCCUGCUGACCAUGGUGGGCAACUCCUCCCUGAUCCUGCUGAUCUUCACCCAGCGCUCGCUGCGUAACACCUCCAACUACUUCUUGGUCUCGCUCUUCAUGUCGGACCUGCUGGUGGGCUCGGUGGUGAUGCCGCCAGCCAUGCUGAACCGCCUCUACGGCCGCUGGGUGCUGGAGGGGGCCUUCUGCUCCGUCUGGUUCUCCUUCGACGUGAUGUCCACCAGCGCCUCCAUCCUCAACCUCUGCGUCAUCAGCCUCGACCGCUACCUCCUCAUCAUCUCCCCGCUCAAGUACAAGCUCCGCAUGACCUCCGGGCGGGCCGUGCUCCUCAUCCUGGCCACCUGGACCCUGGCCGCCUUGGUCUCCUUCCCGCCCAUCAAGAUGGGGUGGCACAAGAUGGAGUUCCACCUCUGGAUGUCCGGGAACGGCACCGCUCCGGCCGAAGAGGAGGACGACGAAUGCCGGCUCUUUGUCAGCCUCCCUUACGCCCUCAUCGCCUCCGGACUGACCUUCUUCCUCCCUGCCGCGGCCAUCGUCUUCACCUACUGCCGCAUUCUCUUGGCCGCCCGCAAGCAGGCCGUCCAGGUGGCCUCGCUGACCAACAACGUGGCUCCGGCCUUGGGGGAAGAGGCCCAGCAACAGGUCCCCAGGGCUCACUCCCAGUCCACGGCCGCCAGCGAAAACAGCCGCAAGUUUUCCAACAAGCACAGCAAGCGGGCGCUGAAGGCCAGCCUGACGCUGGGGGUCCUCCUGGGCAUGUUCUUCGUGGCCUGGCUCCCCUUCUUCGUCUGCAACAUGGUCCAGGCCAUCUGCAAGUGCAUCUCGGCCGACUUCUUUGACCUGCUCACCUGGCUGGGCUACUUCAACAGCACCAUGAACCCCAUCAUCUACCCGCUCUUCAUGCGGGACUUCAAGCGGGCCAUGGCCAAGUACCUGCCCUGCUGCCGCCGCGCCUGGGAGCCCCGGCCGAGCCCCGUCUCCCUCUCCAUGAGGAACUCGCACUCGGGGCCCCGGCCGGGGGCCUCGCUCAAGAACGCCUUGGGCCUCCAGGCCGAUCCAGACUCCGCCGCCGACUCCGCCGUCCACCUCGACCAGUGCAGCGGCAGCGGUGGGCAGCGCAUGGGCUCACUCCCGGAGGCCGGAGCCGACGCCGUGACCCUUUUCGACCUGGAGCCAAUGGACACCCCUCCGCUCCACGCCAACCGGCUGAACGCACCCUUGGACUGAGGCCCUGACCCACGGAUGGGCCACCACACCUUCCUGUUCAGGUCCCCCUGAUGGUGUCCUUCCAUUCUCUUCUGAAAAGUUCUUCUCGUCUUUAUUUCGCUUGGACCAACGUUGGUGUGCUAUGUGCCUGCUCACAAUGUUCAAGAUCUUAUAGAGAGACCUUCUCCAAUGAUGGAGAGAUAGGAGAGAUAGGUAUCCUCCAAAGAUUGACCAUGGAUGGAUAGGCCUCCUCCAAGGGUUGGCAGUAAGUAGGCAUUUCCCAAGGAUUGGCCAUAAAUAGAUAGGCCUCUUCUAAGGGUUGGCCAUAGAUAGAUAGGUCUCCUCUAAUGGUUGGCCAUAGAUAGAUCGGUAUCCACCAAGGGUUGGCCAUAAGUAAGCAUCUCCCAAGAGUUGGCCAUAAAAUAGACUUCCUCCAAGGGUUGGCCAUAAGUAAGCAUCUCCUAAGAGUUGGCCAUAAAAUAGACUUCCUCCAAGGGUUGGCCAUAAGUAAACAUUUCCCAAGAGUUGGCCAUAAAAUAGACUUCCUCUAAGGGUUGGCCAUAAGUAAGCAUCUCCUAAGAGUUGGCCAUAAAAUAGACUUCCUCCAAGGGUUGGCCAUAAGUAAACAUCUCCCAAGAGUUGGCCAUAAAAUAGACUUCCUCUAAGGGUUGGCCAUAAGUAAGCAUCUCCUAAGAGUUGGCCAUAAAAUAGACUUCCUCCAAGGGUUGGCCAUAAGUAAACAUCUCCCAAGAGUUGGCCAUAAAAUAGACUUCCUCUAAGGGUUGGCCAUAAGUAAGCAUCUCCUAAGAGUUGGCCAUAAAAUAGACUUCCUCUAAGGGUUGGCCAUAAGUAAACAUUUCCCAAGAGUUGGCCAUAAAAUAGACUUCCUCUAAGGGUUGGCCAUAAGUAAGCAUCUCCCAAGAGUUGGCCAUAAAAUAGACUUCCUCUAAGGGUUGACUAUAAAUAAACAUUUCCCAAGAGAUUGCCAUAGAUAUACUUCCUCUAAGGGCUGUCCAUACAUAGAUCCGUAUUCUCCAAAGGUUGGCCAUAAGUAUUUCCUCAGGAUUGUCCAUAAACAGGUAGGCAUCCUUCAAGGGUUGGCCAAUGACAGACAUCCUUCGAAGAUUGGCCAUAGAGAGAAAGAUCUCCAAUUACUGAAUAUGGAUAGACAGGUCUUCUCCAAGGGUUGGCAGUAAGUAGGCAUUUCUCAAGGGUUGGCCAUAAAUAGAUAGGCAUCUUCUAAGGGUUGGCCAUAGAUAGAUAGGCCUCCUCUAAGAGUUGGCCAUUGAUAGAUCAGUAUCCUUCAAGAGUUGGCCAUAAGUAAGCAUUUCCCAAGAGUUAGCCAUAGAUAGACUUCCUCUAUGGGCUGGCCAUACAUAGAUUGAUAUCCUCUAAGGGUUGACCAUAAGUAAACAUUUCCCAAGAGUUGGCCAUAAAAUAGACUUCCUCUAAGGGUUGACCAUAAGUAAGCGUCUCCCAAGAGUUGUCCAUAAAAUAUAUAGGCUUCCUCAUGGGUUGGCCAUAGAUAGGCCUCCUCCAAUGACUGACUUCCUCCAACGGUUUGAGAUAGACAGCCUCCCCCACGGAUUGGCCAUAGGUGGAUCAGUAUCUUCUAAAGACUGACCAUGAAUUGAUGGGCUUUCUCCAAGGGUUGGCAGUAAGUAGGCAUUUCCCAAGGUUGGCCAUAAAUAGAUAGGCCUCCUUCAAGGGUUGGCCAACAACAGACAUCCUUUAAGGGUUUGACAUAGAUAGGACUGGCUAUAGGAAAAUCAGUAUCCUCCAAAAAUUGACCAUGGAUGGAUAGGCUUCCUUUAAGUGUUAUCCAUAGACAGAUUGGUACCCUCCAAGGGUUGGCCAUAGAUUGAUAGGCCUCCUCCAAAGAAAGGCUUCCUUCAAGGACUGACCAUCAAGAGUCCUCUUCUAAUAAUUGGCCAUAGACAGGUAUCCUUCAGUCUUGACCAUGGAUGGAUAGGCCAUAAAUAGAUAGGUCUCCUCUAAGGAUUUGCCAUAAAGAGAACUCCUCCAAGGGUUGGCCAAUGAUAGGCCUCUUCCAAGGAUGGCCAUAGAUAGAUGGACCUCCUCCAAGGGUUUGCCGUGGAUUGGCCAUAAUGUCAUGAUCUCCAAUCUUUGACAUCUCCAGUCAGCUGACAAAGAACAGAUGCCAGCCAUAAAACCUCAAUUAUCCUCUGGUAUGUGAGAGCCCCUAUAUAAAUGGGCUAAAGAGAAGGUUCUGGUAUUCUGUACAAUAAAACCUGUUGGAAUCUA